ACCUACCUAGCUGCUGAAAAAAGUCAGCUAUCGACUGACGACCACGAGGUGAACGUCGAUGAUGACGACGACGGCGACGGCAUUUUUGCUGGAGAGUUUGCAAUAUUCUGCGAUACGAUUAAGACGUACGCGGACGCUCGGCGCGUAUCCGUAAAAAUAUUAGCACUGGGACAUUUGCGGAUGAUUUUGUUUGCUACUAUAAACGUUAGUGUAGUUCAUGUUGUUGGUGGUUUUUUUUUUAAAUACGUACAAACACAUGUACAUAAGUAUUACGUAGGAACUUUUUUCCAUGGUAGCCGCAACAUUGUUAGAUUCUUUCACUGGUGUGUCUGUUAUUGCGAUAUACUUGCAUAUACACACGCACACGUAUGGUGCUGGGAUGGAAACGAUUGAUUCUUGAAAUGCCUUAAAGAUUAGCUUCUCCAGUAAAUGUGAUUUAAAAGUGAAUUGUUUGGAAGAAAUAAGUGUUAAUAAAAUAUGAAAAAGUAGUGUGGGAAAAUGUGAGUAAAAAUGCUUAUCAAUGCUUUAUGUGUAUGUGCAAACAAAAUAAAUAUAUGCUUGCUGAUUGGUAUGCAAAAUACGUAUACUUGUAUAUGUAGAUAUGUAUGUGUCUAAGUACAUAUAAAUGAGUUAUCACAGCUCACAUAUUGGUUUGCCGCAAAGCUAAUUUUUCCAAUACAUAUCAAUAAUCAUUUAAUAGUCUAGCGGCAGCACCCAGCGCCUUUAGAGAGAGCUGGGGACGACCGCAGUCCACUUAUAUUAUAUGUUAUGUAGAGUGUUUAGUCACCGCAAUAAACUUUAUCGCUAAAGUUCGGGACCAAGCGAAAAGAAGAAAAAAAAAAUGCCUUAUCGACAAGUCAGUCGUCGGUAUAGACGGCAGUGCUGGUGAUAUAUGUACGUUCAAGAAAGUUUGUCAAAGCAAAAUAUUAUAAAAUUCUACACAUUUUUACAAGCAACUAAUUUGUGCGCUUGUCAAGGAAAUAUUCAAGAAAACUGAAUUCAACUGUGGUAUUUACCAUAACUAACGUUAACGGAGACGCCCCUUCUUAGAUCUACAGUCGCUUUAUAUUUGAAGUAAACGCCCAAAAAAAUAUAUAAAGUGCGCGGUAAAGAACUUUGAAAUUACGAAAAAUAAUUUAUUAUCAACCAGUAUCCAACUAGUUACUAUAAAACUAGUGUCACAAAACGAUUCGCCCUUUUUACGCUUUUCCAAAAUUUUUUUUAUUUUUUACCUAGUAAUAAAAUAUAGAUAUGUGAAUAACACGAAUGACGAAGUUGGCACGCGAAUUAAAGUCAUAAAAAGCAUUUUCUUCAUUUUUUGAAUUGAUUUUUUUUUACAAAUAGUACGUAAAUCUUGAAUGCCUUUUAAGUUUAAGAAAAAAGCGAACCAAUAACUCACGAAAAGUAAAAGUAAGAAUUAAAAUUAAGUAAUUUUUAAUUUCGAACUCGAUUAACGUAUUUUCGGUCAGUAUACGAGUUUUAUAUUAAACAAAAACAAGUUUUAUUACGAAAAUGGCAAUGCUCGAGGCGCGGCCUUAUCGGCCCUUUAAGUCGAGUGAGGAGUACUUAGAGGCGAUGAAAGAAGACUUGGCCGAGUGGUUGAGCACACUCUAUCCCGAUUUGAACAUCAAUGCGGAGAACUUUAUGGAUCGUCUAGAUACCGGAGUCGCAUUAUGCAAGCAUGCGAACUAUGUACGACAAGCGGCUGAGGAUUAUUUAGCUCGCCGUCAAGCCCGCAACAAAUCGAUGACACGCUCAAUGACUUCCGGCCUGGCCGGACCCAUUCUCGCUAUGGGUAACGUGCAUUAUUUGCCAGCAGCAAAGAGCGGAACAUUCUUUUCACGCGAUAAUGUAUCAAAUUUCAUAACCUGGUGCCGGAAGAGCCUUAAGAUAAUCGAGUGCCUACUAUUCGAAACGGACGAUUUGAUAAUGCGAAAAAACGAGAAACAUGUAAUCCUUUGCCUACUUGAAGUGGCGCGUCGUGGCGCAAAGUUUGGUAUGCUCGCACCCAUGCUGGUGCAGAUGGAGCGACAAAUCGAUCGAGAAAUCGCCGCCGACAACAAAGCGAAUGGAAUUGGGUGUGGCACACAAACAGACAACGCUGAUGUGAUUGGCACACAAACCGAGAUCGGCAUCAAUACCGAUAAUGUCGCCACUGAGACCGACAUGUUCGACAGCGAUUCGGAAAAUGAGGAUGAUGACGAUAAUAGCCCAAUGCUGAUGUACGGACCACAGCCACAAAUUAUCACCAACGAUCUGAAGAGCCUGGAUGAGAUGGUGCGAGAUUUGGUGGAGAAAUGCACAUGCCCAUCACAGUUCCCCAUGGUGCGCGUGUCGGAGGGAAAAUACAGAAUUGGCGAUACAAAAGUGUUGAUCUUCGUACGGAUUCUACGCUCCCACGUUAUGGUACGUGUCGGCGGUGGUUGGGAUACCCUGUCUCAUUACCUGGACAAACACGACCCUUGCCGUUGUAGAGUGCAGCACCGUUCAUCUGUGGCCGCCCGCCUAAUACCACGCACAACCAAUCAAACCAAUGGUGGAAUUGAGCUGCACAAAGCGCAAGUGAUCUAUGAACGAUCGCCGCCAUCUACACGCAAAAUUAUUUCCAACUUCAACAAUCAAGCUGCCGCUUCCUCAGCCAACUCUCCAUCUGCUACUAGCAACAGCUCAUGCAAUCUGUCACCAAAUUUUGGCAAUAACAACAAGCAAAACAGCCGUAGUCCAACACCACAACGCAAAUUUCUGAAUCAUCUUAACGCACCAAAUCCAGCAGAUUGCACUAAUCAAUGUAAUAAUGGCGAAAAAUUGGCUACAACCAAUGGUACAACUGGCAGUUCGACGUUAUUCACCUCACCGAAUUUGGCACGUCGUUCCAUGUCACCCAGUCCACGACGCCUGAUCGACAUGCGUAAAAAGCAAAACUCAUUGGACUCGAGCAACGGCAGCGGUCCCAAGUCGUUGCCUAUUUGCAAUGAAACCGUUAGUAACCAUGUGCAAUUCGAUGAACUUAAUUAUACGAGUAGACAAGCAGAACAGAGUACUUCACAAACAGUUGGCGGUAACUCAGAUUGCAGCACAAAUGGAAUAAGCAACAAAUUCGAAAAUAUCAGCGACAAUGGCAGCGAGAUAAGCGAUGAGGGCUACCGGAGUCUGGGCGUAAUACAAUCGAAUGCUCAAAAGCGUGAAUCACUACACAGUCAAGCUUCGGUGGAGGACGCUGAAAGCAACGCGCGUUUUGAUCAAACUUCCAGUGAUUCACAACUCUCGCCAGUCGACGACUUGACCAUAUCUAAUAAAGGAGCCGAUCUACUGGCCACAGACGAUAGCAACACUACACUAGAACUCAACAUGAAUUCGGGUCCGCAAUCGCUUCCAGCCGUUUUGACCACUUCUCCACAAAAUUCUAUCGAAAAUAGCCUAGAAAAUAACUUCGAACAAUCAGGCAUCUUCAUAACCGAUGACGAAAUUACCGUAGACGUUGCCAGUGCCACUGGUUUGCGAAAAACGGGAUUUUCUAACAAAAUAUUCGGUGGCGAAGAUACCACAGAUAGCAGUGCUCUUACCACCAAGCAGUCAAAAGGCACAACAGACAAAACCAGCAAAAUACCACGUUCACCAGUGGCCCAGCGCCGACGUAGCCUGGAUAACAGCAACUGCAGCAGUAGCAGCAUGUUGGACCUUUCAACACGCACCGGCUUGCCUGUAUUCCAACGUAAACAGCCCGUUUACCGGUCUGUGCGUCGGCCCGCCAGUGAAAUGCACAGAAAUAGCGAUAACGCCUCCACCACGUCGUUAGCACGAAAAUCUGCAAUACCACCAGUGCGCGAGGUCACAAACACUUGGAGUGGUCGAGCUGCGGCUGGCAAAAAGCGACCAACGCUCAACGCUGACACAUUUACGCCCAAUAAUGGCGCUUCAACACCACCUACCGCCAACGCCUUUGAACGUAACACACGCACGCGCUCCUCUCAUAUACUUUACGACAGCAAUGGGCGGCGCGUACGUGGCUGCACCGCAUCACUCACCACUUCACCUGUGAAAAACUACGCUACUUCGCCACUAGCGCAACAGCUACUAGAGGCGGCUAGCAGCGCUAAAAAUGAUGCGCAAAUAUUAGAAAAAAUGAAGGUAUUACUCUCGCGCUAUUCGACCAACUCCAAUAGCAAUAACGGCACGACGCCUAACGCUAGCCCCAAUUCCAAAAAUGCCGUCACCAGUAAUAAUAAAAAGCCUGUAUACGAGGAUUUCACAUCCGCUUGGGUACAUAGUAAUGGCAAUCUAGAGCGUUCCAAUAGUUGCUCGCCUCCCACAAAAACUCUCUCGAAACGCAGCUCGGCCGCUUCGUCCACGGAGAGUACACAUUCGCGAGAAGUGUCGUCGGUUAUUGUGUCGCCACGCCGCAAUCGCGGUUUGUCCAAGAUUCCAGCACCAACACGCCAACAUACCGAGCUUUACUAACACAGAAUACAAGUGCCCGGCAGGGUGCGAAUACAGCAUAGGGCAGCAAUAAUGCUACAACAACAAAAAAGACACACAUAAAAAGUAUUUGGAUAAAGGCAAAAUUAGUUGAAAUACGAUGGUUUGGAAUAGUGAACCUUGUUUUUUUAAAGUAUUUUUUUUUUUUUGUGAAGCAGCGUGAAGAUUUAAAAGUUGAUUACGGGGAACAUUUAAUCCAAAGAAAUGUGUUAUACUUUUUAUAUUCCUUCUGAUACACCAUUUAUUUAACUGGCUAAACAACUAUUUACAAUAGCAAAACCGUAAAGUGGAAAUAUAUAGUAGCUUGGAAUCCUUUCUUGAGUUUGAUAUUUACGUGAAGUGAUCAACGUGUUAGCCAGAGCGCAUUGAGUGCUGAAUUAAGCCAAGCUUCUUCGAUACUCACAAGAUGCUUUGGUGAAAAGUAAUCGGGCUCUGUGCAUUCAUUUGCAUUUGAGUGCUUGCAUACACAUAUGUCUGUCCUUGUAGUAAUUAAGUCGCCUCUAUACCGCUGGUAAAAUAAAGUUAAACAAAAUAUGUCACAAUUGCCUAAAAUGAAGAACUGAAAAUAUGUACAUACAUACGUAUACCAAAAAGGAUUCAUAUAAUAUGUACAUACAUACAUAUGUUCCACACAGUAUUGGCCUCUGCCUUUUUCAGUCACAAUUUGACUUUGUUAGUCAACAGUAGUCUGCAUCACUGGAAAAAGUCGCACGAACUAUUGCAAUUCCACAACAUUCGUAGAAAUUAGAUAAAAAAAAACGUCGUACAUAUGUUAUAAGGUUUUCGCAACAAACUUCGGCCGUUUGAAGAUUCUAUUUUUUUCUCGUGUUUUUGUUUAUGUUUUUUGUAAGCAAUGAAUUUUCACACAACAAUCUAACAAUUAUUAAAAUAACGCAGUGAAUUGACGUUUCAAAUUAGUUAUAAUAAAUGCUGUUUAAUAAUUAUUUAUUGAACGCAAUAAUCAGAGGCUUAAUUUAUUUUUAUAAACUUUACGUUUUCGUUUUCAAUACUUUAGUGUAUAAUAAUUGAGAAGUUUGUUGUGAAUUCCCCGCUAUAGUUAAACAAAAUCUAGAGCAUUGUGCCAGCCGCGUUAAAUCGAAAUAAUACUCCCCUACGCAAAUGUACAAAAGCACAUAUACAAACAAUACAUAUGUAUGUACAUAUGUGGAGGCAUAAAAACAAAAAUAUUUAUAUCACAAAAAAAAUUAAAAUUAUAAUUUUCUUACAAUUAAUGAGAUUACUAAAUUUUAAAUAAUAACAACAAUUUUACAAAACAUUUCCAUAUUUUAAACUGCAUACAACAUCACUCAUCCAUUAAGAUUCUAAAUAAAUUUAACACCAAUUAAUGUAUAUACAAAAUAAGGAAAAUCGAAAAUGUAUAAUGGAAAAGAAAACAAUCCGGACUCUAGUAACCUCAAAAUUUUACAAGGCUUUUAUAAAUUAUAGACAUUAUAAAAUAUAAGGUUAUGAAACCAUUCAAAAUACUUGUCAACUCGUCAAUACAGUUUUAAUGCCAGUAGUGGACACAUAAAAUAAUAGAGUUUUAAUAUAAAAAUAGUUUUCUAGAAAUUUUACAUUCAAAUAUAGAAAAGCUAACUUGUAUGUGAAACAUGAAUAACAGUACACACUUUUGUAAAAGCACACACAUACACACACACACACUUGAAGGUAAGAGACCCAUUCACCUUUGCUUGUGAGUAGAUGUAUGCCAGAGAUAGGUAUUUUAUUUUUUUACUCAUAUAUUAUAUAUAACAAAAAAAAGCUUAAUUUAAUUUUAAUUUUUAUUUUUUUUUUAAUUAACCAUGCCCUCAUUCACAAGCGAAAGUGAAUAGGUCUGUUAAGAAUUUAUCAGGAACUAGUAAAUCCCAAUGAAAAACUGCGCCGCUUUGACGAUACUAGAUUAACUAGGGUUUUCGGUAGUUACAUAUGUGUGUAAACAUGGCAGUGCGAGUCGCAUCGAUUGGGCUCUAUGAUGAAAAAGAAUGCGUCGAAUCGAGAAAAUAUCUAUAGUUCUAAGACCAACUAUAUUAUUGUGGUUAGAAUUUAUUUGCACUUGCAGAAAAAUGUCCUUGAGUACCAAUCUCUAAAGUUCCAUAAUUAAAAUAUUUGUUAGCAUAUAAAAUACUUAAAUAUUAAACAAUUCUAAAAUAUAAAAUCAGCAGCAAUUGCAAGCAACAGAAAAUUUAUUUGUCUGUGAGCAUGAACACCAAAAGAGAAUACGCAAAGUUGAAGCAAUAAAAUUUGCUCUGUCUUAGUCCAGUUUUAUGAGGUAUAACCAUAGUCGCUAGCGGCAAAUAUUGCUUUUCUGUUGCUUUCACCUGCAAAUUUUUCGUCAAGCCGAGCCCAAACAUAGCGAGCGAAGAAGUAACGAAUUGAAAGCAACUCAAGUGUGAUAAGUUUGAUAGUUCGUUGAAAAACAUAAUCAGGCUUCUAAUAUCUAUAAACAUAAUGG